CCGCAGUGUAUUAAUGCAAAUAGCAUCUUGUCAUCCCAAAACAAUAUAAGUUCUUGUAGGUUAGACAAAUUACCAUGAACAAUGAAAUGAGCCUUCCUGUGUCGUCAAUACCAUCCGCAACCUAUAAUAUUGUUGCAAAAGAUACACCCCCAAAGAAAGCAUGGCGAAAGAUUCUAGAAGGUGCAGUAGAUUGGUUGGCAUAUAAAGAUAAGAGCGAAUGGUUGAACGAUAUGAGAGGGAACAUGAGUAUGGCGGCUUCCAUAAUCGCAACUAUGACAUUUAAACUUGCUACUAACCCACCAGGUGGCGUGGUUCAGCCAAGUGACGAUGUAGAUGUUCGAGCAAUUUGUUUAAAUAGCAAAAAAUUGAAUCAUCCAUGCCCUGGGGAAUCUGUCUUAGCUGCUAUAUAUCCACAUGUUUAUGUCAGAUUCUUGGCAAGCAAUACCAUAUGUUUCGUUGCAUCUUUGAGUGUUUGUCUAUUGCUUGUAAGUGGACUCCCUCUAAAUCAUCGAUUCCCCACUUGGAUCUUAUUAAUAGGCAUGUGCAUCACUAUCACAAGCCUGGCUCUUACCUACUUGUAUGGCAUGUUAUUGGUCACCCCAACUAAUGCCUUUUGGGAUACAGCUAAUAGUAUUUUUUCCACGGUUCUCAAGAUUUGGAUUGGCUUGUUAGGAAUCGUUGGUUUUCUCCUCAUGAUACGCUUAUUUGUUUGGGGUGUGAAGAAAUGCAUCAAGAAACUUAAUCACUAGUAACAAUGAGAGUUUAGUCGAUCGUGCAUGCGUGGAACUUCCUUGUGGUUUGAGAUUAUUGUUGUUUUGCAGCAAUAAUCAUAGCUAAAUAAACUUGUCUUUCAAUAUGUCAUAGUGGAUUUGGUUUUUAAUGAACUUCCGACCUUAUCUAGCUAGCUAGGGAUUUUCUUGCUUUAUCUUUGGUCGAAUAAAUGGUUGCAACUUCCUAGUCGUUUGAGGUUAAUAUGUUGCUCACCACUAGUCAUAUGUUGAAGACUAUAUAUGUGGUAGUUGGUUGGUUUG